AUGGCAGCUGAGGUUGCGCUGCCUGUCCAAGUGUCGUGGUUGCGAAAGUAUGAGCAUCUAGUUGGUGGAUUUGCCGGUGGGAUUGCGAGUACCGCAGUUUGUCACCCCAUGGAUUUGCUCAAAAUUCGAUAUUCAGCUGAUGAGGGGAGCAGCAUUCGACCUCGCUACAAAAGCUACUUCGAUGCUACAAGAUGUAUUGUUCGUGCUGAAGGAGUACGUGGACUCUAUCAGGGUCUCACUCCUAACAUGGUUGGCGCAGCGUUAGCCUGGGGCUUGUAUCUUCAAUGGUUUGAGCUAGCUUUCUAUAACUUUGACCCAAAGGAUGAGAUCGAGUAUCACAAAAUUCAAGAGUGGUUACCAUUUCGAUCUCCAAACGUAAAUAUUGACAAUUUCUUAUGUGGUUGUUUGUCUGGUGGUGCUGUGAUGGCUGUCACGAAUCCCAUAUGGGUUACGAAAACAAGAUUAUGUCUACAGUACGAGACGAAAGUAAAAAGAUACUCCGGAAUGCUGGAUUGUUUGUAUAAAAUUUCAAAAGAAGAAGGCGUUAGAGGUCUUUACAGAGUAGGUUUCCCUACAAAAGCUUUGUUACGCAAAAGCACCGCGCGCAAAAGUAAUCCUCGAUGA